UGUCGUCAUGCGCUGUGUUCAUCUCUCGCUAUUCUCAUUGCUGCUGCUCUCCCAAGUUGAACGUGUGGCUUUGGUCCAGGAGAUCCAAACCAGUCAUGACAACAUUAACAAGAUCAAUGCAGCAGGAGAGAUGAUGAAAUGUUCAGCUGCCAUGGACAUUCUGUUCCUCCUGGACGGGUCCUACAGUGUGGGCAAAGGCAGUUUUGAGAGAUCCAAGCACUACGCCAUAAAACUGAGUCAGGCAUUAGACAUUGGGCCACAAAAGGUUCGAGUUGGUUUGAUUCAAUUUGGGUCCACCCCUCGUCUGGAGUUUUCUCUUGACAAAUACACCACCAAACAAGAACUUAAGAAGCACAUGAAAAAGAUAACUUACAGAGGUGGCAGCACACAGACCGGCCUGGCUCUGAAGUACAUCCUGAGAAAAGGUUUCCAGGGGGGUCAUAAUUCAUCGGACGUGGCGCGAAUCACCAUCCUCCUGACUGACGGCCGGUCCCAGGGCAACGUGAUCCAAGCAGCUGCUCAACUGAAGGAGGCCGGAGUGGUGCUGUUUGCUGUAGGACUGCGCUAUCCCAGAUGGGAGGAGCUACAUGACAUGGCCAGUGAGCCCAUUGAGAGUCAUGUUUUUUUUGCAGAGCAUUUCUAUGAUGCCAUCAACGGACUUUACACCACUCUAACCACUUUUUCUGUCUGCAAUGCAACACCCAUUGGCUGUCAGGUGGAGUCAUUCCCCUGUGAGAGAAAAACAUUGGAGACUGUCAAAACGCUGCAGGGAAACUUCAUGUGCUGGAAAGGCUCUAAAGGCUCCUCUCCGUACACAUCGCUUUGCCCUUUCUACAGCUAUAGCAAGGCUUACAAAAGACAUCCGACAGUCUGCCAUCGAACUAUUUGCCCCGAUCCAUGUGACUCCCAGCCCUGUCUGAACGGAGGGACUUGUGUGUCUGAGGGUCCAGAGGGGUACCACUGCGUGUGCCCACCUGGGUAUGGAGGGCACCCGCACUGUGCUCCUGCCAUCUCUCUGGACUGUUCAGUUGACCUGCUCUUCCUAUUGGAGGGAUCAUCCACAUUAAGACUAGAAGGCUUUCACCGCCUUAAGUCUUUUCUAAAACGAUUUCUCCAAACUGUAAUGGCCAACGACACUCCCAGUAAAAUCGGCUUGGCUGUAUAUGGUGGAGAGACCAAAGUUGAAGCCCAAGUCGGAGUAUUUAAGGGGGACGUUAAAGGUCUUCUGCGGGCUGUGGAUGCUCUUCAACCUGUAGGAGGGGAUGCCAUGACUGGAAAAGCUCUCCGCUACGUCACACGCAACGGUUUUCUGAGCCCGCAAGUUUUUGCAGAUGUUUCAGAUGAUUUGCCCCGAGUGGUUGUUCUGAUAACUGCUACCCCCUCCGCGGAUGAGGUAGUGGAACCAUCCAAAUAUGCACGGGACAGGGAGAUAUUUCUUGUUGGUGUGGGUCCAGAAAGUCUCAAAGGACAACUGAACAAUAUUACAGGGAAUCCACAGAGGACGCUCACAUACUCCACACCGGACUGGUUCAGCGCAAAGAUACCAGAGCUGAAAGCCAAGAUCUGCAGUGUGGACACCCAAGGAUGUUUGGGCCAAGCCGUGGACCUUGUAUUCGCCGUGGAUGCCUCUGCAGGAGUGGGCAAAGAUAACUUCUCCUUUCUGCGGGACUUUGUGAGCAGCAUCACCGUUCAGUUCGACAUCAACCGCGACGUGGCACAGAUGGCAGUGGUCACCUACGGCCGUCGCGCUGAGACCCUCUUUAACCUGGACGCCCACGAGACCGGCUCCUCUAUCCUCAAAGCUGUGCAGGAGGCAAACUACAUAGGAGGUGUGGCUUCUACUGGCGCCGCUCUCCUCCAUGUGCACUCCAAAGUUCUGACCGUGGCCAAAGGGGCGCGGCCAGGGGUCAACAAAGCCGUGGUGGUCCUGACAGAUGGGUCCAGUGGGGAGGAUGCGGUGGUCCCUGCGCAGAAGCUAAGAGACAAUGGAGUUUCUGUGUUUGUGAUCGGAGUAGGGGACGUCCAAAGGGAGAGGCUACUGACCAUCGCGGGGUCAGAGGAGCGCAUGAUCUCUGUGUCGUCCUAUGAGGAUCUGAAGUACUUUGAGGACGUGCUGGUGCAGAUGGUGUGCACAGAGGUGAAAAAGCCAGUGAACCUGUGCAAGCCCAACCCAUGUAUGAACGAUGGCCUUUGCAUCACAUUGACUGGAGGGAGCUUCCGCUGCCAGUGCGAAGGCUACGAGGGACCACACUGCGAAAUAAAAAGCAGCCGGUCAUCCACCAGAGGAGAUCAGCCCAAACCUGCAGGUCUGAAGAAGAAGAGUCGACAGAAGAAGAGCCAUAAGGAGCUGCUUUAUCACUACAAACAGCACCGCAGACAGAGACACACACGCCAAUGAGAACACAGCACACAUGGACACUGUUUUAUA